AUGCUGCCCACUUCCAUGAAGGCGCUCGUCGCGCUGCUCGCCGCUGCUUCUUCCGUUGCUGGCUCUCCUGUUCCCACCAAGCGCGCCCCCACUUGGGCUGACCGCAACACGGCGACCAUCCACCCUGGUGUCAACACCAACACGGCUGGCAGCUGCACUUCAAACUUCAUCUUCUACCAGGGCAGCGAUAUCUACAUCGGCCAGGCGGCGCACUGUGCCAGCACGGGCGAGUCGACCGACACUGACGGCUGCACGUCGGGCUCGCUGCCCGAGGGCACCCAAGUUCAGAUCACGGGUGCUUCCAAGCCAGGCACCCUCGCCUACUCGUCGUGGCAGCGCAUGCAGCAGCGCGGCGAGACCGACGCCAACACGUGUGCGUUCAACGACCUGGCGCUCGUCCUCAUCGACCCUGCGGACCACGACAAGGUCAAUCCCACCGUGCCUACCUUUGGCGGCCCCAACGGCCUGAGGUCGAGCGGACUGGCCAGCCUGGAGCAGGUGUACAGCUAUGGCAACUCGAUUCUUCGCGGCGGCGUGACACUGCUCAGCCCCAAGUACGGCGUCAACAUCCAGGAGCAGGGCGAUGGCUGGUCGCACAACGUCGGCACCGUCUCGCCUGGUAUCCCCGGUGACAGCGGCAGUGGCUUCAUGGACAAGUCUGGCAACGCAUUCGGCGUGCUCAGCACGCUGCAGUUUGCUCCUCUGCCCGCCUCAAACGGCGUCGGUGACCUCGCCAAGGAGCUCGCCUACGCAAAGACGUUUGACGACUUUGCAGGCAUCCAGCUCGCCACGGGCACCACACCUUUCGCCGUCGCCCUGCCCGACCUCUCCACCGGCCUCGUCUCCAGUGCCAAGGCGCUUGGUCUCGGUGCCUAA